AUGAUAGAGGUUGAUGAAAAUCUAGUGGAGAAAAUCAUGUCAACUCUGCCUCCCAAGGCUCUGAUGCGAUUCAAAUGCGCUUCUAAAAGGUGGUAUUCACUGAUCAACAAUCCCAGGUUCGUAGCUAAGCACCUCUCCAGUUACAAUUACAAUUCAAAGCAUCUGCUCGUCAUGAAACGUUUAAUCUCCAAGGACACGACUAAUAACACUGAAGAAGAAGAAGAAGAAAAUAAAAAAGAAGAUGAGCUAGUAUUUUCGUUGCUUAAUUUAUGCAAUAACGACAGUAUUGACAAUGGUGAGGACAGAAUUAUUGUUUCUAGUGUCGAGGACAUCAAGAUUCCUCUUUUUAGUACGUGGGGUGACGACCCUCCAGAUGUUAUUUGGGGUGACGAUGUGUCGCACUCCACGGAUGUUCAGGGUUUUGGAUAUGAUGCUAAAUUGAACGAAUACAAAGUUGUUAACAUUGGACUAAGUUAUGCUUCAAAUUGGAGGGAUGAGGGAUAUGAUAUUCAUAAUCGUGCUAAGGCAGCAAUAUACUCUUUGAGUACUGAUUCUUGGACAAAGAUCAACACCAAUGCUUUAGAAACAGAAACCACUGUCUUUAGGCUUGAAAGUUUCCAGAUCCAAUUCAAGCAAAUGCUUUAUUGGCUUGGACAUGAGCAACACAAAGAACUGAAUGUGUUGGAUGCAUACGAGGACCUCAUUAGGCAGGUCAUCAUUUUAUUGGAUAUUCAAAAUGAGGUAUUUCAUAAUAUCAUGUUACCUGACAGUUUUGAUCGACCUAAUGUGGCUCUUCGAGUGUGGAACGAAUCCCUUGCCCUUUUUGUAUUGGUUGAUGAUUAUAAACCUGAACGUGAAUAUUCUUUUGAAAUAUGGGUUCUGGAUGAACUUGGUGGUCCGAAGGGUGCUUGGAAGAAACACAUAACUCUUGAACCCACUCCGAAGCCAUUCGCAUUGCUUAAUAGCAAUGAGAUUUUUCUGAAUGACUUUACGGGACUUAACUUUAUGGGACUUGUACUCUCCUACGACCUUGGUAGCGAAAGGCUUAAAGAUACUCUCUUUCAUAACACGCCUUGUUCGACUUCUGAUGAUAUUGUAGCUGUUGUUUAUGUGAACAGUAUAGCUUCAGUCUUGGGAGACCACAAGCUCGAGAGAAGAGACAAUUUCAGUGUGGCAAACUUCUCUCCACUGACAGACUCUUUAUCCAGUCCUUCAAUAAUGGAUUUGGAAUGGAACUCAUAUUCAAUAUGGGCAAUCCCAACGGCUGAAGUGUCUCUCAGGAUCAAGAAGGUGAUGGAAGGUCUCAAAACCGAGUUUGGUGGGCCAGAGAUCGAGCCACAUAUUCCUGUUGUAGGAUCUAUUCGUAUGACGGAUGAAGAUGUGCUUGACAAAUUUAGAUCUCUCUGUUCUAAAAAUUUCCAUGCCUACCAAGCAAAAGUUAAUCUGGUGGUUACCACAAAUUUUUAUCACCAAUGUGUUUCUCUACUCAUUGAUACAUCACCAGAAGCAUACAGUCAGCUAGAUUACACAACUGGCAUAUCCAAUGGACAUUUUGGAUUCCACGCGAAUGGUAGACCAUAUUUGAGUCUCCUUUAUGGCAAUCUAACAGAAGAAGAGAAGAGAAAAGCUGUAGAAAAAGUUAGCAUUUUGGAUGAAAGCAUUGCCAGCUUGAGUUUCACCAUAGCUAAACUCGCGUUGUACAAAAUCAAGUACAAAGAUACAACGCUCAAAUAUUGGGAGAAAAUUGCUGAUUAUACCCUUCCAUUGCCGCCUUAACGUACCCAUAUUUUCUAGUGCAUUUAGACUCUCUUUAGUGCUCUGUCUAUUUGCCAGUUUGGGGUUUUUUGGGAGCAUGAUUGAGCAUUGGUUGAAUUGCAAAGGUAGAUACUUUGCUUGUUGUUUGUGCUAUUUUGUAGUUGCUAGCUAAU